AUGCCUCGAUGGGACAGUGACGUCACCUACAGUACAUCAGGAGUCUCACAGGUGCACGCGGCUCUCAGUCACCUGUCAGAGCCUGAGGGUUACUGUGCUCACAUCUUUAUCCGGCUGACCAGCUCUGAGAAAGGUCUGAAGACAAAGAUGGAGAAUGUUAAUACAACAGAUACAUAUGGUGGAACUACAUCUUGGUAUUAUGAUUACGAAACCUUUGACUAUGUAAUAUUUCACACGCAUGCUGAGCUGAGACGGUCUCAGAGUAUUAUGUCUGUCAUUGUUUACUGCCUGGCCUUUGUUCUUGGUGUGCUCGGGAAUGAAGUGGUUAUCUAUGUGACCGGGUUCAAGAUGAAGAAAACAGUUCACACAGUUUGGUUCCUCAACCUCGCUGUGGCCGACUUCCUCUUCACAGCAUUUCUGCCCCUAAGUGUGAUUUUUGAGGUUACUGGUUGCUACUGGCCUUCAGAAAGCUUCAUGUGCAAACUGAGCAGCACAUUAAUCUCCCUGAACAUCUUUGCCAGUGUCUACAUUCUGAUGGUGAUCAGUGUGGACAGAUGUGUGUCUGUGGUGUGGCCCGUCUGGGCCCAGAACUACAGAAGUGUACUCAGCGCAUCUUAUGUGAGUCUGAGUGUGUGGAUACUGGCUCUGAUUCUCAGCUCUCGAAUUUUCAUCUUCAACAGCACUGGGUCAUCAUAUCUCCAUGACAACAUCAUCACCAGCUGCAAAAACCUUGCCCUCUAUAAUGACUAUACAAGACCAUCUGUGAAUCAGCAGCUGCAGGCCAUGACCAUCACCUUCCUCCUCCUGGGAUUUGUUGUCCCCUUCACCGUCAUUUUCUCCUGUUAUGCUGUGAUAAUCCAUCGUCGCAGAAGAAACCGCAACCUGGCCAGCCAGUCAAGUCGCCCCUUUAAGAUCCUCACUGCAGUGAUCAUAACUUUCUUCCUGUGCUUGGCUCCUUAUCACAUCAUAGCUCUAACUGAGAUGAUCAAUGACAUGCCUGCUCAUCACAGUCAAACAUUAGUCUACAUAAUUACCAUUGGUGCCCCGAUAGCAACCAGCCUGGCCAUUUUCAGGAGUUGCCUGAACCCAUUGCUGUAUGUGCUUGUGGGCCAAGAUUAUAACAAAAAGGUAAUUACAUCCAUCCUGAGUGCAAUAGAGACAGCCUUCCAGGAAGAUGUUUCUGACUCUCACACUGAGUCAGUGGACACCAGGCAGAGCACUGAGAUGUCAGUUCUUAAUACCGAUGUAUAAGGCUGUCAGUGACGCAAAGAAACAAAUAAACGGUUCAAGUGACUUUCACAAAUAUAACUGAAUGUUAAAUAUUUUCUUUUAGUUUUUAUUCUUUUUUUUAAAUACAUUUUCUCCUUCAUAUUAUCUGAGAUUGAAGCAUUUCAACCUGAGACAGUUUGACUGAUGUGAACUGAUGUUUUAAUCUAAAUGGAUGAUUUCAUGAAUGGCUACGUGUCUGUAUUUAAUCUUGUAAAGCAAAUGCUACUCUAGAUCUAUGCAGUCUGGAGUCUUAGACUAAGAAGAUAUUUACAAUGACAUUUUCAAAGAGAACCCAGCAAUAAUUUUAAAACAGGUGUGACAUUACAUGGUUUAAUAUGUGCAACACAAGC